AUGUUAACCCUCACAGGACUGACAAGUUGGCAGCCAUCCUUCUGCAAUGCGCCUUUGAGCUCAAGGAAGAAGAGCAGGAAGGCCUCUUCAUCAAGCACUACACUACUCAAAAAAAUAUUCCUCUCCCUGUUGCUCUCAUUUGGCACUUGUAGACGCCUGCCGAGCCGCUAUCAAAAGGCAACGGAUCUUAAUGCGCCAAAAUGCCCGUGGAAAUGGAAAGAGAGGAGAGACUCAAAGCUUGAAACAUUCGACGCAUCCGGCUCCCUCAACUUUCCCGGCUUCGUGCAAGAGGGGCAACCCACCGUCCUCCCCACAGUCAAGCUCAGGGGAUGUCUGGUCACAGUCCUUGUCAGACAGAGUCCUGAAUGCAUUUGGGAUUAAGCGGGAGGACGUUGACCAACAAAAUUCGCCAUUUCAAGAGGAUUCUCAUCGCACCAGGACUAGUGACGAAGGAGACAGAUGUCCCAGCACACACAGGGCAACUGGAGGUAAAGCGGGACAGAGCUGGCAACAUGAACAGGACGGAGAAACAUGCCCGGAUUCGAACUCGGGGAACUCAUGUAUUCUUUCACGGCCGCUUUUUGUGCUCCAGGGUGGUAGGAUCAUGAGGCGGAUGAUUUCCUCCUCUCCUUACCAGGUCCUGAUCAGCGUUCUUGGUUUUGUUAUCAUAGUUCUGGGAUACUCCAUCAGACGAGGUUUAAGACUGGGAAACCGCCCAUUCAAGCGAUUCAUUACGCGGGUUUUA